AUGAGUCUGGGUUCUCUUAUCCGUUCGGCACUUGUGUCCGAUGGAUUGCCUCAAGACUUUGACAGAUCUCUCAAUCCCGUUGAGUUUGAUGAUGCUCUGUUGAAUAAGAUGGAGCCUCACGUAGAGGAAUUGAUGGAGGAUCUGCAACGAAAAGGCCCUCCGAUCUCCUGCAUCAUCACCGACACUUUUUUCGUUUGGGCAGGCCACACGUUUCUUUCUGGACGGAGCCGGUCAUGGUGUUUUCUAUAUAUUAUAACUGGGACCUCCUCGUCAACAACGCCCAUCAUCCCUUCACAAGCAAUGUAUCUGCAAGAGCAAGAUGUAUCAACGCUGUCGCACCAAAUCAUAUACCAAGCGUUUCAAUCUGCCCGCACCGCAGAUUGGAUUAUUUCUAACACAGUGGACGAGCUAGAUAGGCAAACAAUCAAAGAGCUGCAAGCGCAAUCGGGAAUCCCAUUUUCUUCAGUGGGUCCAUUGUUUCAAGACCAUCGUCCCAAGGGCGAGGUGGGGACAAGCAUGUGGGCCGAGUCAGACUGCAGGAGCUGGCUCGACAAAAAGCCCAAACAUUCUGUUCUAUACGCCUCCUUCGGAAGCUUCGCCCAUGUUUCCAAAGCUCAAAUUCAUGAAAUGGCCAUGGGUUUGUUGCAGAGCAAACGGCCCUUCCUUUGGGUGCAUCGUCCUGAUAUAGUCGCCUCAAAUGUGCAAGAUGUAUUGCCAGAAGGUUUUAUGGAAAACAGCAAAGAUCAGGGCUUAGUUGCUCAGUGGGUGUCUCAGCUGGAUGUGUUGUCACAUUCUUCUGUGGUUGGAUUUCUCACCCACUGUGGUUGGAAUUCCAUCAUGGAGAGUCUCUGGUUGGGAGUUCCCAUGCUCGCAUUUCCCCUGCUCACAGACCAGUAUACGAAUUGCAGGCUCAUUGUCAAUGAAUGGGGGGUGGCCAUGAGUCUGGGUCAGGUUUCCAGAAGUUCCAAUAACAUGAGAUCCAUGCUGGUGCCCCGCCAGGAGAUUGCACUCACUGUAGUAGAAUUUAUGAAUAUAGAUGGGCAAGAUGGGAAAAUACUUAGAAAUAAUGUUGGGAGUGUUAUAGAAAUUAUGAAGAGAGCAGUGAUGAAUGGAGGUUCGUCUGAAAACAAUUUGGAGGGUUUUGUAGACUAUUUGAAAGGGAGAGAGCAGAGCCGUUUUCCUUAA